GGCAGGGCAGGGCGCUGCCCCCCAGUGGAGCUGGCGGCCCGGGGGCUGCCCGGCGCUGACAUCCCGCCGGUGGCCGUCCUCCCGCGCGGUGCCGCGGCCGUCCUCCCGCGCGGUGCCGCACUGCCCGGCCUGGGGCCGUGCUGCCCGGCGGGGACUCGCCGGCCGUAUGUAGGCUGUGGCUGUGCCCCAGGCAGUGGCACGCCGCGCUUGCCUGUGGGCCGGCCCCAUGGCUGGGGUGUGAGAGGCCUGUUGGCUUCCCCCAAGUGGGUGUCCAGGUGGGGGGAACGGUUCCUGCCUCACAUUCUCCUGUCACCCUUUCUUCUACCUCACUUGCUGCUGUCUCUUUCUCUUCCUUUCCUUGCUGCCUGCCCAGUGCACACUUCCUAGACAGAAAGGCCUCAGUGUUCCUGGAAGCAACAGGCCCUGGCAUUGCCCAGCCUGUGCCCAGCUCUCCUUCCUCUCCCUGCUCUGCCUUCCACCUAUGUGACUCUUCUCACCAUGCCAUCUUGCAGGGCAGCCCCAGGCACCAGCUUCCUCCUCCCAGGCAGCUGGCACAGCAGCCCUGUGGCUGGGGUCUGCCCUGGCCUUCUAUUUUUGGAUGUGGGUUUUUCAUGGUUUGGGGGGUUGGGGGGGAGGGGGUUGGGCUAUGACACGUGCCAGCUAGAUGUAAAAGCUUAACAGUGCUAAUGAGGAGGUGUGAUGGAUGCCCCCGUUCUGACUGAAUGAGCAGUACUUUGGUUCAGGCAUCACCGACAAGCAGGCCUGACUGGUGCCAUGCAAACUGUGAGAACCGUGCUACGCUGCAUCUUCUCAGGCACCAAGAAGUCUAGGCCACGUCUUAUCAGGAGAUAACAGCACCAGCCAGAGCUGAGACUAGACAAAACUAAAACUGCCACAGCUGCGCAAACACCAAAGGAGAGGGGUUGGACUACGGGUCCAUCACUUUACGCUAUAAAUGCCUGUAGCCUCCCCAAGCCCGUUAAGCUUUCCAGUACUGGAAAGUUGCACGGCAGCGAUCACCCCCUGGAGGAGAGAAGCCUCACAAGCUUACUUCUCGAGGCUGAGACACCCUUUACCCAGCAUCUGACACCUACACCAAGAUGUUGUGCCCAGAGGAACCAGAUGUCCUGAUAGAUAAGGACCUGCUUGACUUCCUCCUGAAGGAUGAUGCUCCCUGCCCUGAAAUCCUAGAGAAGGAGAAUGGUCUGCUGGAAGACUGGAGCACACCAGAGCCUGAGCUCCUGGUCAAGGAGAUGGAUGAGUUCAUCAGCUUCAUGCUGAAACGCUUUGAAGACAAGCCAGGCAUGCUGCAGGGUUAUUUGCCCACUGACAGUGACAACGGCAUUUGUAUGAAUCAGUUUCUGUCCUAUAGCCCCGGCAUUGACUUUGCUGGCAGCCUUUGGAGCCCAGACGUUGUGCAGGUUGAUCACAACUAUUCCCUCCAUCAGGAUUUUCCUGUGCUGGAAAGCGUGAAAUCUGAAAUAGCAGGAGGAAAUGUUUCCACUGACCUUGGGACAUGGAUGGGUUUGGAAGGCACAAGCAAGGCAAUGGAACUGAGCUCCGGUUUUCCCAUUGCUGUUGCUGUGGAGGCUGAACCUCAGCUUGUGCCUGGAGCCAUCAUGCAGACUGAAGAGCGGCUUCUGAAGAAAGUGCGUCGGAAAAUCCGGAACAAGCCAUCAGCCCUGGGUAAUCGUCGCAGGAAGAAGAUCUACGUCGAUGGCUUGAAACACAGGGUGGCAGCCUACACGACUCAGAACCGUGAGUUGGAGAAGAAGGUGCAGCUGUUGCAGAAGCGGAACAUGUCGCUGCUCAAGCAGUUGAGGAAACUGCAGGCCUUAGUGAGACAGUCCACUGCAAAAACUACCACAGCAAAAACCUGCACCAUGGCCAUGGUUCUGUCCUUCUGCCUUGUUGUCUCCCCCAGCAUCUGCUUGUUUGAGAGCCAGGAACAGCAGAUGAAGCUCAGAGUGCUGUCACAGCAGAUCGGCAAGUUCCCAAACCAAGCAGUAUGUGAUGUGCAAGAGAAUGCUGCGCUGGAGGGGUUCACCCUAGAGCCUGAGGACACCUCACUGUCAGACAGCCUCAUUGAAUCCCAGGAAGAGGGGCACAGUCCAUCCAACCCUGAUCCCGGACCUUCUUUCAAUGGCAACUCAUGCUCUGACCCUCCUGUGGCAGCAGCGUGCUUUGAGCUGUGCCCUGCCCAGUUUCAGGAGCAGUACUUCCAGGUCAACCCUUUGCAGACAGCAGUGCUGUUAGAGUGGGACGCCAAGAGGCAGGAGUGGGUGGAACACACUGCCACAGUUGUCGUCCAGCACGACUGUGCUGAUGAGAUGUGACCACCUCUUGCUUCUUGGGGUGACACCAGGCACUCUGCCAGGCAGUGACAAACAGAGCUGCAGUAACAGAUGAUCUAUCAAAGUAGAUUCUUCUGAAUACUCUCCCUAUUGCUGGCAGCUCAGAGGGUUUACCGGGGAGGAAUCAUUUUAAGAUUGACCUGUUCUGACUCUCUACUCUGUAUAUCUAUAGCAGGACUCUAUCUGAGAUGGGGUAGAAAACUGGGAACUUUGCUGUGGCUUCUGACAUGGGGUAUGUCCUGUGGCUCACAGGGAUGGGUUGUGGCGCGGAGGGCGAAGGGCAGCUGGUGGCCAUGCUUGGUCUGGCUUGAUGCAGUUGGUUAUGGAGGCUGCUGCCCUCCUUCUUCCCUGCCCAGGUGGAGGUGAACUGGUUGGGUUCUUAUUGUGUCUGGUAGCGACAAGCACCUGUCCCUUGUCCCUUCCCCUUAAUGCUGUAGUGUUGCUUGGUUUAUAGGUGUGACAUAGCAAGCUGAUCUGCAGUGCUCUCACAGGGAGUGGUCCUGCCAUUGCAACAGGCCCCGUGUGUCACCUGUUCCUGCUAGCUUUUGAGCCACGAGCACAGCUCCUGGCCUGGCUAGAGAAGGUAAUGCGGAGUCCUUCCCGAGCUGUGUGCGGUUUCCCUUUCGCAGGGGCUGAGCCUUUCAUCUGCCACAGCCUUGGGAGUGUGUUUUCUGGGCCUUGGGGGGAAGGCAUGCCUUGAACCAGACUGCUGAGGAGGUGUGGAGCAGAGAGCAGCAGAGCUGCUUGCUGUUCUGAAGGCUUUCCUGACCACAGGACAGUUUCAAAGUUAUGUCCUCCUGUGCCCAAGCUUUACUGUGCUGGCUGAUGAUGCUGGCUCUGGUUGUUCCUCAGGGCUGAGCAGAAUCACUUUGAGCUUGUGAAUGGUGUCUCCUGGAGUGCAGCUUAGUGGUACCUGUUAAGCAUCUCUCCUCGUCCUACUUCAGGACAUUUCGUAGAAUUGAAUAGAAUGGUUUGUGUUGGGAGGGACCUCUAAAGGUCAUCUAGUCUAACUCCCCUGCAAUGAGAGGGACAUCUGCAACUAAAUCAGAAUAAUAAUUAGUAAUUUCCUUAUUAAUAAAUAGAACAA